AUCGACUUCAAAACCAAAAUGCUGUGCAGCAUAGAGAAAGGCAUCGUCAAGCGCCAGCUGCCUUUCUCCAUGGUGAAGAGUUGUGAAGCUGGAGUUGGUUCCAGGUUCUCCAUCUCCUUCAAAGGGCAUCAUGAUUAUGAACUGGAGGCCAAAUCAAUGGAAGACAAAGACAAGAUUAUGCAGCUUAUGAAUCAGAUCAUUUAUGGGAACAUUUACAGCGGUCCUGGAGAUGACAGCACAGCAGGGCACCAGCAGCCUGAAGCUCUUCAGAGCCUUCAUGAAGGGGUCUUGUUGCUGCACAGAGGGGGUCUGGCAUCAUUAAAAUGGGUGAACCUCCAUCAAAUGAAGGUCGUGGCWAUAUGCAGAAGGAGCGAGAUGCCUGGGUCCAAGCCAUCGACAAACUCUGUUCAGAGUGGAAGAGAAAGUCCAGGUGUGACUCCGUGUUUGAAGAAAAACAGUCCAGACGACUGGUCAGCAUACCCGAAGACCCAGAUGACACUGGUGUGGACCCUGAGUCCAACGGUGACCCUAGUGUUGAAAGUGUCUUUGGUCCUCCAGCUGACUCUAAAACAGCAGAUCACACAUCUAACUGUGAAGACUCCUCCACAGCAGGUGGUACAAGUCAGAAUGAUCCCUCAGCUGUUCCAAAACCUGUUCCUAAACCCCGCAGCCCUGUCCACUCACCAACAUCUCCAUCUGUUAAAAUCCCACCCUCACCCUUUCCACCCACACCCACCGCCUGUCCAGUCUCACCCUCUGCUCUUGCAUUUAAUAAUAGGAAAUCUGUACAAUCACCAACCUCUUCCUCUGUUGAAAUCCCACCCCCACCGUCAGCCAUUCCACCCACACCUACCGCCCGUCCAGCAUCACCCUCUGCCCUUCGAUCUGAUGAUAGGAAACUUGUCCAAUCACCAACCUCUCCUUUUGUUGAAAUCCCACCCCCACCAUCAGCCAUUCCACCCACACCCACCGCCCGUCCAGUAUCACCCUCUGCCCUUCGAUCUGAUGAUAGGAAACCUGUCCGAUCACCAACCUCUCCUUCUGUUGAAAUCCCACCCCCACCAUCAGCGCUUCCGCCCACACCCAGCCACACCAGCCUCAUAGGCCCUCCUUUGAACCAAGGGUCCGAAGAAUCAAGCUCUCUGGUUGUGAAAGAACCACUGUCCCUGAACAUCCCAGCACCCCCUCCUCUGCCUUUUAAAGUCUACAGUUUAAGGAGCAAACCCAGCACAAAGGCUUUCCACUGGGACCUCGUAGGCCCUGAGAAGAUUCCAAAAUCAUUUUGGGUCCAAGGAAAAAACAGUAAGAUUGAAAUUGACACGUUACGUCUGAUGGAACAAUUUAUUGUGAAAGUUCCCAGUACGAUUGGUGCAGCGGAGCAGAAUAACACACAGCCUAUAAUGCUCAACCAGAAGAUUGCUCACAACUUCAACAUUUUCCUGAAAAGUUUCCCUGUGCGACCGGGGGAGCUGAAGGACAAACUGUUUAUUAUUAAUGAGGAAGACGGAGGCCUGUCUGACGAGCACAUCACCUCUCUGAGAAGGUACGUCCCCACCUUCGAUGAUGUGGAAAUGUACAAAUCUCAUAAAGGACCUGUUGCAGAGCUGCAUAUUGUGGACCAGUACAUGAUGGAGAUGUGCAACAUCCCCUACCUGAGCCUGCAACUUGACCUGCUUCUGACACUGAGAGAGCUGCCGAGCAGCAUGAACGACCUGCAGCCGCUGAUUAAUCAGAAAAUCCGACUGUGCCAGCAGCUCUACAACUGCAGGUCAUUUGUUUCCGUGCUGGAGUACCUCCUCGCUAUCGGCAAUUACCUCAAUGAGAACGCCGGGAAGGAAAAGGCCAAGGGAUUCCGCCUCUCGUCCUUAACCAAACUCAGCCAGCUGCGUGGGCGGGACAAGAACUUCACCUUGCUCCAUGCCCUUGUGGAGCAGAUCAUGUUGCACCAACCGGGCCUGGCCGUUUUUACCGAGGAGCUGGCAGAAUUUGAAACUGUCCCUGGAGCCUCCAUCAAAGGUCUGACCGCAGAAGUGGAUGUGCUGAAGAACGAACUGCAGAAAGUCGUUCAACACGGAAAAACCUUCAAGAAAAAAAACAUCGCAGCUCAUCACCCCAACUUCUCCAAAGACCUGAAGGCAGCAACAGAGAAGUACAACGCUGAGCUCAACMCUCUGAUGAAGACAUGCGAGGAGAUGAAGAAACUCUAUUCUGUCAUACUGGUUAAAUUUGGAGAACCAGCAGAUCAAGAAUCCCAGAAACUCUGCAGUAUAAUCAGUCAGUUCAUCAUGGACUUUAAAAGGACUCGGGCAGAACUUGUAUGACUGAUCUUGACCUGAGGAGGUGAUCCUGUUCAGUUUGAGAGCUCACAUCUGAAGGUCUGGUGAAUGUGGGCAGUGACUUGUUAACUGGACAUGACUGUGGAAACAUGUCUUCAUUACACAUUUCUGUAUAUGAGCAUGUCUGAAGUCACCUUCUCCAAACAGUUUAUCCUUUGGGACAUGAUGCAAAGCUCACACUGAACAAAAGUACAAGACUCUGGGCUCAACGUGGAACACACAACACAAUUUGUCUCAAUUUAGACAGGUUAACCCUUUGACGCACAACGUGGAUCAAAAACGACCCGCAUUCAAUUUCCAGGUUAUUUCAUGCUGACUGAGUUUUUCUUUGCUCUAUCUUUUGAAAUCCAUUUACUUAAUGAUUGAAUAUUCCAAUUAUUCUUUAAAUAUCUUGUUUCUAAUGACCACAGAUCAUAAAUUUAUUAUUUUAUUUCCUACUUUAUGAACAAAAAUACUUUUUAUAUUACUGCACAUGGGUCAUCCAAGUGUGAUUUAAAAUUAAAUGUCAAUAUUAUAAUAAAACAUUGUUUCAAGUAAUUACUUUAGCAGUGACUAGAGCCAACCAGGUAUUUAUUUAAUAUUUGCAACAUGUUUGUCAUUUAGUCACACAUACAGACACCUUCUGAUAACAGAUAACAGCCACUGAACUGAACUUCUGUGGUUUAACAACUAUAAACUGGUAAAAUUUGACCAAAUAAAACAAAACACAAUUGAACACAUCACUAGAACACAAACCUCCAUCUCAAUCUUUACAUGCCUCACAAAAGAUCACUAAGUGUGUGUGCUCCUUGCACACAGGCCUGGUGCACUGGGAACAGAUUCCAGGCAUCUUUUGGUGAAACAGCUCUGGAUCCAGGUGUCGGUCCUGGCCAGUUCCUCAGAAUAUUAUGGCUUGUUUUUCCACAAGUGGAGGAAUUGUCAUUCCAGUAAGAUCCAUUUUUACACAAUCUAUUGGACUGAGUCUGAGUUUCCUCUUCUGAGGCUCAUCAGACGAGUUUUCUGCAUCAUCAGAGGUUUCUGACUCUGAACCAGGACAAAUUUCUGCCUCAUCUUCCACAUCUGGUUCCUCCUGCAGCAUUACUACAACCAACUCAUCAGUAAAACAAGCAGCCAUCCUCUGGAUAAAGAAAGUCAAAACCACAAAAAUCAUUUCAGAUGGACACCAAAAUACAUAAACAUACAUUUUGUUGACUUUGCUAGUUAGCUUUGCUAACUACUUUACUACUUUACUUAGUAGCGUAGCAAUCCACUUCCAUAGUUAUCUAAGCCAACUACAAUAUAAUUAGCUAAAUAAACUAGAGUAUGUCAACAGGUAGCUAGCUAACAGUAAUUACUUGAAACUUUCUAACAAGUAAAUUACUGACUCAAGAUAACCUAAAAAUAAUCAAAUUAUUUCGGAGGUGAUGUUAGAACAAGUGUAAAACAAUAUGAGGUGUAGAAAACCACGUCUUCUGGUUGAAGUUGAACUGUUGUUUGCUCGAUGAAAAAUGACUCUAAAAACAAGGCUGGUUUGAACAGCAAGAACCUUUAUUUUUGCAGUUCAGGAGAUACAGCCUAAAAAAAAAACAAAUUGUGGCCUUCAAGCCGAAUGAUUCACCAAGUAAGAAAGAUGGAGAAACGAAGGCCAAGGGCGGGGGCGUACAGGGCUCUUUAUACAUUUUCCACAGAUGUACAUAAAUCUUGUCACGGUAUACCUCAAGUGUUCUUCUUUCCUAAUAUGGUGAAAUGUGCUGAGCUCUGAAUCUGGAUGGCUCAGGGGCCUCACAUCUGUGCAUUCCUGAGACAACCCCCCCACUCUUAGACACUACAAAUACUUACAUAUAUUAGAUGGACAAAGGUGCUGUGCUGAGUUGUGAAAUAUCUGACACAAGAACAAUUCACAGUUUCACCAAAUGCUGUAGUAAAUGCAUGCGGGUCGUUUCUGACCCAUGUGUGUAAACUCGAUGUAGAAUUACAAAAGCUGUGCUUGUUCAUAACUUCAGAAAGGAAAAACACAAAUGAUGACUUGUGCUAAAGAAAAACAAGGUAUUUACUGCAUAUUUGGAAAAUUAUAUGAUAAAAAUAAUCUAUUUCAAAAGUAUAUCAUUGAAACACUCAACCAUACAUGAAGUAACCUGGGAAAUGAGUGCGGGUCAUUUUUGACCCAUGUUGUUUAUGAGAAGGGUAGUGAUCCAACAGUUUUUAUUCAAAAGGUAAAAAAUAAAACAAUGAUAUAUAAUGAUGAAAAACAAGUUCAUUGAGGAAUUCCUUGGAUACUGAAUGAUAAAAUUAAUUUAUUGCAAAGAUAUAGAAGAUAAAAACUCAGCCGGGUCACUUAUGACCGAUGUUAAGCAUCAAAGGGUUAAGAAAGAUCAAAUAUUCAUAAAUAAUGACUUAUACUGCGAAACUGGCAUUAAAAUAAUCAUAAUCAGGUUAAAAAGGCUUUUUUGGGUCACAGUUCUUUUUAUAGUCAUUAAAAUUCCAUUUAUAGCUUUUUUGUCAUGCUGAUCAUGUUUAGGAGUUUGAAGGGCUGUGUACUUUGAUGACUGUCCAAAGUGUUUAAUCAAAGCUUUCCAUCAACAUGGGUCAGGGCUAUCAUGACACAUCAGCACCAUGAAGUUACUCUGACUGAAACAGUUUGUCUGGUGGCAGGAUCUUUUUAGAUGUAGGGAAAUCUGAUUUUAGAAGAAACAUCCCUGGUGUAAAAAUUACCCAACUGUAAAUAAUUACCUUUAAAUACCAAACAUGUACAAGGUUCUGCUAUCAUGGAGUGAAGGAUUCUCAUUAACCUUAAAUACAAAUUUCUAUUAAUAAAACAUAWUAUAUUCUGUUUAUAAUAAAGUAUAAUUAUACUGUGACUGCA